UUCUAACUCUGAACAUCAUUUUAAUAAUAUUCAUCUAGGUAUCAUUUAACAACUCCCUAAGAAAAAGUACACCCUAGCCAAUUGGUUCUAAAUCCGACAAGAUGUUUAAGAGAGAGAUAACCGCCGCGCCCAAAUCCAAGCUAAAGUCUUCCGUCCAGCGCUCGCUACGCCAAUCCCUGUUGACGACCUACCCGCUUCUCAACCCCUACAUCGAUGAGAUCCUCCCGAAGAAAGGGUCGCUCGAGGCCAUGAAGCUUCCCGACCGCUGCACCUUGUACGUGCUCGACUCCCAGCCGCUCUUCUUCCAGCAGGACACCACCACGCUGCUGCCGCACCUGCGCCUCGUCCACCGCUUCCCAGAUGCGUUCCCUAGUAUACGCAUAGAUCGCGGCGCGAUCCGCUUCGUUCUGUCUGGUGCCACGCUUAUGGCACCUGGUCUGACAAGUGCCGGGGGAAGACUGCCCAGCGGCGUUAGCACCGAGGAGGGGAAGGAGGGUCUAGACGAGGACGAGAGGUGGACCAGGGAGUUGGAGAAGGGCGAACCAGUUGUGGUCCGAGCCGAGGGCAAAGUCGAGGCGUGCGCUGUGGGAUUCUUGGUCAUGGGCACCAAGGAGGUCAAAGAGAAGGGUAAGGGGCCCGUUAUCGAGGACGCGCACUACUUGGGUGACGGGUUAUGGAGAUUGGGUACAGAUUAGAGCAGGUUCGCGGGGAAGCGUGGUCGAAUUGAUUGGUUCAGCAGCGAGAUAGCAAUUAUAUGAGACGGGUGAUGUGUACUGGCGCGAAGGUGUUGCCAAGGGGCCGUGUCGGUUUGGAGAAGCUUUAGUACCCGACAGACACAUACUACAGGGACGAAAUAUCCUCACAGAAUAUCUUAUAGAGGCUCUAGCAACGGUAAAGCUUUCAGAGAAGGGCAGAAAAAUGAAAGGUACCUGUCUUAAUAACAAGUGUAAAUGAGGAAAUAAAUCCAAUAUACGACUACAGCAAUUGCCCUCGAAA